UANCUCCCCCCGCCCCCCUCUUGGGUGUCAUAUUUGAUAAUACUCUCUGAACCAGGCCCUGAAGCACUUGCAUUAAAACAGUUUACCAGGGUAAAACGUGUUCCCCUUCCUGCAGAGCUAGUAGAACAUUUUGGUCACAUGCAGUGCAACUGUAAUAUGGGACUCUUCCCACAGGUUGGUCGAGCUUGGUUAACUAUAGAUAGCGACAUCUACCUGUGGAGGUUCCAGGAUGGUGGGGAUCUAGCAUUCUUCGAUGGACUCGGAGAAACUAUCCUCAACGUGUGUCUGGUUACUCCCAAACCAGGGAUUCUUCAGUCACAUGUCAAGUACCUGCUGUGCCUUGCCACCCCUGUAGAGAUAGUUCUCUUAGGAGUCAGCUUCACCACACCACAAGGAGGGCCUAGUGAGGAGUUACAUCUACUACCUGAACCUCUGUUCAGUUUACCAUGUGAGCAGCUGGUUACUACAGCUCUUCAAGGAACAGACAAUGGCAGGAUAUUUAUGGGUGGUAAGGACGGGAGUUUGUAUGAGUUUGCAUAUCAGUCCCAGGAAGGAUGGUUUGGGAAGAAAACUAGGAAACUUAAUCACUCCAGUGGAGCACUCAGUUGGAUAUUGCCUUCAAUACUUGGUUUGGCGGAGGAGGAUCCAAUUCUACAAAUUGAGAUUGAUAACUCCAGAAAUAUUCUCUACACAAGAACAGAGAAGGGAACCGUUACGGUGUAUGACCUUGGUCCGUCAGGUCAAGGAUUGGAGAAGGUUGCCAGCGUGUCUGCUCAGAGAUUACUGGAGGAAUCCAGUAGAUUAGCUGCUACAGUAGAGACUAAUAAUCUCAGGCCUAUCAUCUAUAUUGCCCCUGUUUCCUCUACUGAAGAUGAUAAUAUUCAUCUCCUGGCAAUCACAGGAGGAGGUUCCCGUCUAUACCUAUCUACCAGGAACCCUGGAGAAAACAAUCCUGUAUCUCGACCCUAUACACUGAAGCUGGUUCAUGUCCGCCUACCCCCAGGCUUUGCUCCCUCAGCUCCUCCACAGAAACCAACCAAGGUGCAUAGUGGGUUUUACCUGUCUGGGUUGACCCUGCUGGCUUCUAGUCCUGUGGAAGCAGCUGAUGUACUUUGGAUGGUUUGGAACGGAUGUUUACCACCAGGAGGAAACAGUUUGAUGGAGAGCCAUAGCAUAGUUCCUGUUGAAGGACACACCUGGGCUAUUCAUGAAGUAUCCGAGCAGUCACAGCUGGUCAAUCUAUACAGGAGUUCCUUAAACGGUCGUGAUCCGCCCUCCGCCAUUAUUCAGCACUGUUCUCCGCCCAGGCAGAUAGUUGUUCUCUCCGCCCAGGGGGCUCUGAUUAUCAGUGCGCUUCGUCCUGUGGAUUGUCUCAGGCAAUUGUUGAUUGAAUGCGGAGGCCCUGAAUCUGAACCAGUGAAGAUGUAUUUCAGCCUCCAGGGACCUGAUCAGGCAGUAGCUACAGCUCUUAUACUAGCAACCUCAUCAGCUAUACUAGAUAGAUACGUAUCUGAAUGGUCAACAAGAGCUUUACUGUUGUACGGAGGAGAAUCUAAACUAGUGUUCCCAGGGGGUCAGGGGCUCCAGGGACCCAAUCCAGGGUUCCAGGGACAACAGGGGUUCCAGGGAGGGUAUCAGAGUUCCCAGGGAUACCAGCCUGGGUUCCAAAGUCCUCAAGGGUUCCAGGGGAACACCUUUUCAGGAUAUCAGUCUCAGUUCCAACCUAAUAUGACAAAGGAGGUGUUCCAGGUGAAUUCCCCUGGAUAUAUAUCAUCUCCUCCUCAGAUUACAUUUCAUCCGCACAUGAUGUCAACUCCUGCCCCCGGGAGUCCUGGAGUUCAAUCCUUCUCCGGGUCUGGUGUACAACCCUACUCCUCACCAGGACCCGGAGUACAGUCUUAUCCUACACCUGGACCUGUAGCUCAGCCCUACUCUUCUCCUAGUUCUCAACCUUCAUACUCUUACCAAGCUCAGGGAUUUCAUCAACCUCAGGCUGAGAUACAAUUCUCAUUCAGACACAAUGGCCUGUAUUUGUAUGUAUCUCGGCUUUUGCGUCCUGUCUGGUCUUCUCCCCUUCUUAAAGGAGAUGGUAAUGAGUUGAAAUCUCUGGUGUCGGGUACAGAACUUGAGUUCAUUAUCUCACAUCUUCAUAAUAUCAGAAAGUUCCUGGAUGAAAACACUAAUCUGGUUUCCUCUGCUAGAGAGAGGAAGAUUCAACAGGUUCAGGGUAGUCAGGUUCAACAACGGGGACAACAGGAUGCCCUGUUAAGAGAACAGCAGUCUAUGCUUAUGCUAAGAGAACUAGUUCUUCAUAGUUUACAGGUUUGUCCUGGACUGUAUCGAGCAGAGGAUGCGCUGAGCAGUAAGGUACACGAGCUACUACUAGCUGCUGGUCAGACUGGUAAGGUUGCUGAAAGAUCUCGACUUGUGGAGGAGGCAGUCAAGAUUUCUAAACAAAUUGCUGGAAACCUCAGACUGGAUGUUCUUGUAUCUCAUCUGACCGCUGUACACGCGUACACAGCUGUGGUGGAAAUUUGUCUAGCCGCAGCACGCCGGAAGGAUCCUCAAGGUUUGGCAGUACACUAUUACCACCAGGGGGAGAGGAAGGAAGAUACUGCUGGGUUCAAUGCGUACAGAUCUAGGAAUGCAUCUGAAUGGGCUGAGGAAGUGUUUAAACUCAUGGUUAACUCUGAAGAUGAGAUGCUUCACGCCACCCUAUACCAAUGGCUGAUAGAUAACCGAUACACUGACCGUCUGCUGUCAGUGAAAUCUGCCUACCUGGAGAACUUCUUGAAGCGCGGCAUUGCGCAGCAUCCUGAACAGCUGGCUCUCUUCGAUAUAAUGUGGAAGUAUUACGAGAAGAACUCACAAUAUUUCCUAGCAGCGAAGGUUCUAGAUAAACUCUCCGAACGACACAGUACUGAGUUGAGUUUGAGCAGUAGGGUUGAAUACCUGAGCAGAGCAAUCCUCUGUGUCAAGAGUGGAGGAGAAGGCGGGGCAGGAACCAAUACCAGGGGGGCGGGGGAGCUACUCCAUCAUCUAGAGGAGAAAAUGGAGGUUGCCCGAGUGCAGUUAAUGGUUCUAGAAGCUGUCUCUAAUAUACCUGAGGCCGCAGGAUUGAUCUCUAAGCUGAACAGUGAUCUUCUAGAUAUUACAACUCUCUACCAGGAUUGGGCUGAACCUUAUGAACUAUGGGAGUGUAAGCUGGCUAUCCUGGCAACUGCUGGUCAUCCUGAUCCUCUUCUUAUACAGAGUAUCUGGACUAAUAUUAUUGACAGGGAGCUUGGUCGUCAUGGGACUUCUGAAUUUCAAACCAAAAAAACAGCGAUCAGUGGAAAGAUUGAGAGUUUGGGUCGACUGUUCAUCACCUCAAGUAAAUAUUUCCCCCUUGAGUUCCUGGUUCGUAAACUAGAGGUUGCCUCGUGUAGUGAAGGAGGUGGAGAUUAUACCUGGGUUCCAUCCUGUCUACAGAAUAUUGGAGUUGACCCACCCCGGCUGCUGGAUGUUUAUAACAGGAUAUAUCUAGCUAAGGAGAGUGUUUGGUUGACGUGUGGAGACGAGCUUCAUAUUCUCCGAGUUUUGAGUUAUAUUCUCGCAAACUUCGCCGAGAACCCGGGGGUCGUCUCACUCCAGGACCGCAGGCAGUUUGUCGUAGUUUCCCAGGAUGCUGUAUCCGCCUAUCUUGGAGAACUGUAUAUGAAGCAGACCCAGGAUUCUGCAGCCAUGAUUGACAGAUUUCGAGAAAUACAGACACGCUUGGACCGGAUAUAGAAUACAGGCGUGUUUGUACCAGAUAUAGAAAAAAGCGACACCCAACCGGAAACGGAAUUCUAAAACGUGAUAACAGUUUGAACCACCGAAAAUCUGCCCGUUUUUUUUUAUUUUUAAAAUCUCAUUAUUUUUGAAUGCCGAGUUUUCAGCCUGAGCUGUAAGACGAUUAUAUAUUAUUUUUUUUGAUGUAAAAUAAAGAUUGAAUUUGUU